GUGCCUCUUGCAGCCCUUGCUGCGGGAAGACUCUUUUCUUACCUUUUCGGGGAGUGAAGUGCGCCAGGCAGACGAGCCCGGCUGGCGCAGGGGAGAGAUCGGAGACGGGAGAGACGUGGGGAAGCAAAAGUGGACUUGAUCUGAAAGAAAAAGAAAGAAAGAAAAGAGAGUCUCCUCUUUCUCCAGCGUGGCCCUGCCGUCCCGCCGCAUCACAGGAUAAAAUGAACAAGAUGAAAAACUUCAAGCGGCGGUUUUCCCUCUCCGUUCCCCGGACGGAGACCAUCGAGGAGUCGCUGGCCGAGUUCACGGAGCAGUUCAACCAGCUCAACAACAGGAAGAAUGAAGACCUGGCACAAGGGCACCUGCAGCUGGGCCACCUGGGCAGGGGUUUCCGGGCAGAGCCAACCUCCAUUUCCCCCUCGGAGGUGGAACGCCAGUCCCCGACAACUGUGCGCUACCGAAGGAACAACCAGCGCCGCUUCUCCAUGGAGGAUGUCAGCAAGCGGCUCUCCCUGCCUGUGGACAUCCGUCUGCCCCCGGAGUUCCUGCAGAAGCUGCAGAUGGACAAUCCAGAGUUCCCCAAGACCUUCAGCAGGAUGUCUCGACGGGCUUCCCUCUCGGACAUCGGAUUUGGGAAGCUGGAAACCUAUGUUAAAUUGGAAAAACUGGGGGAGGGCACCUACGCCACUGUCUUCAAGGGGCGCAGCAAGCUAACUGGGAACCUGGUCGCUCUGAAGGAGAUCCGUCUGGAGCAUGAAGAAGGGGCACCCUGCACAGCUAUAAGGGAGGUUUCCCUGCUGAAGAACCUGAAACAUGCAAACAUUGUGACCCUACAUGAUUUCAUCCACACUGAGCGCUCCCUCACCCUUGUCUUUGAGUACCUGGAAAAUGACCUAAAGCAAUAUCUGGAUAACUGCGGGAACCUGAUGAACGUGCACAACGUGAAGAUCUUCCUGUUCCAGCUGCUCCGCGGCCUGUCCUACUGCCACAAGAGCAAGAUCCUGCAUCGAGACCUCAAACCGCAGAACCUGCUCAUCAACGAAAGGGGGGAGUUAAAGCUGGCUGACUUCGGUCUAGCCAGAGCCAAAUCAAUCCCUACGAAAACAUAUUCCAACGAGGUGGUCACGCUGUGGUAUCGGCCCCCAGAUGUCCUGCUGGGAUCUACUGAGUACUCCACACCCAUCGAUAUGUGGGGUGUGGGCUGCAUACACUAUGAAAUGGUCACUGGACGGCCCAUGUUCCCAGGCUCCACUGUGAAAGAAGAGCUCCAUUUAAUCUUCAGGCUUCUUGGCUCCCCUACAGAAGACUCCUGGCCCGGAAUCACAUCCAACGAGGAGUUUAAGGGUUAUCAUUUCACCCAGUACCAAGCCCAGCCCUUGCUAAAUCAUGCACCCAGGCUGGACACAGAAGGGAUCGACUUGCUGACGAGCCUCCUCCUGUAUGAAGCCAAAUGCCGGAUCUCCGCCGAAGAGGCCCUGCGACACCCUUACUUCAAGGCGCUGGGGGACCGAGUCCAGCUCCUCCCUGACAAUGCCUCCAUCUUCUCUCUGAAGGAAAUACAGCUUCAAAAGGACCCUGGCUACCGAGGUUCAGCCUUUCAGCAGUCAGCCCGAGGGAAAAGCAGGAGGCAGAGUAUAUUUUAAACCUGGCUCUUGUUCCCUUUGUCACCAUGGAGAUCAAAGCACUGAGAAAGGAGAGGACUACAUGCUCCCACAGGACCCAUCCACAGAAUUACUGACUCUAACAGGAAGAUACUGGAAUGCCCCUCUACCGUGGGCUGCCCUCUGUCUGUCCCCCAGAAUCCCACUACUGACACCAAUCAGCCCACCAGUAGUUCUUGUCAAAGGAGCUCUGCCCCCAGUUGCUCAUUUUUCAUGUGACACCACCAAGAGUAAGCUACUGCGUUCCAUACCCGGGUAAGGUACUUUAUCUAGUGACUAGCUACCCUGGGAGUAGCCCUGAGCUCAGGAGACUUGUGUGCUGGCCUCGUUACAAUCCUGGUUCCUGCAGUACAGGGAGGUAAGAUGGAGUGCAGGCAGAGGGCAGAAUCUCCGAGGAUUGGCAGACAGCUGGGUUGUGGCAUGUAGUGAUCAUAUUGCGGAAGACAUUUCUGUGAGUGCACGGCAUGCCUGUGCUUGGGCAUCCUGCUAUAUCCACCCUUGGGGAAGUCUGACCUGGCAAGACGUAUUGCACUGAAUGAAGGAUAUGCUAUCACAAGCAGGGGACGCCCUACGGUGAGCCUCAUCCAGGGCUUUCUGACAUCAGACAUUUAGUUGGGACUGAAACAUUUAACAAGGGAGAGCUCUCCUUCAGCCCCUUCCCCCAUGGUUAUCCACCAGGGAUCCCUCUUCCCCUACCCAUAAUUUGAGCCUCAUGCACAGUUGCUGGGAUUGCCUGAACGGCAGCCCCAAGAGGUCCAGAGGAAAGAGGCUGUUAAGGGGAAAAUGCAGAUUAGUCGGAUUCCUCUGAUCCCUCGGUUUCCCCAACAACCCCCCGGACACCUGGCUGCUGUCUAAAGACAUCCCUAGAGCAAGAGCACACAGUGCUGUGGCACGGCUGGUAUUCAGGAUGCAGACUCUGUCAUUAAAUCCAUGCAAAAUGGG